AUGAACAUGGCCGGCAUGAAUCCUGCAGCAAUGGCUGGAGGACCGGUCGGCGGUGGAAUGAAUAUGAUGAACAACGGCAGCCCAGCCACCCAAGCGAACAACAACAACAGCAGCUCCUCGCCGGAGCAAGUCAAGGCUCAGUUGAACACUUACAUCUACGAGUAUUUCUUGAAACUGGGCCACUACGAUAUUGCCAGGAGUUUGUUGCGUGAAGAGAAGUUCGAAAUCCGUACCAAGCCGCCCAUCAAGCAGAGCCCUGGCCGCCGCAAAGACGCGGAGGUAAAUGGCGUUGAUGGUGAUGGCAUGGAUACAGAUGUCAAGGAGGACAUUCCGGACGAUCUCCCGCGUCCUAUGCAUGUCGGAGAUACGAACACACCAGGCAUCGGAUUUCUCUUCGAGUGGUUCAGUAUCUUCUCCGACCUGUUUACCGCCCAUCAACGAUCGAGUAAAAUGCAGAGCGGUCAAGCUCAGGCACUGGGUCCUGCCGCGCAGUAUUUGAUCCAGCACCAGAAUAUGCAACGGAUGCGCGAAAAUCAGCAGAACCAGAACCUUGCGCGGCCCGGCAUGGUGAAUUCCAACCAGUUUGCCAUGCGUGCAAACAUGCGCAAUAAUCUGUUGAACGGCAAUGUUUCAAGAGAUAUGACAAAACAAAUGACUCCGCAACAAAUGCAACAAAUGCAAAUGAACAAAGCCGCCAUGCUUCAGCAGCAGCAUCAACAAAUGCAACGAGAUCAGGGUGAUGUGGAGAUGAACGGUCGCACCUCUUCACCAGCUGAAGGGGAGAACGGUGGGUCUCCGUCCAAGAGACCACGACUCGAAGGUCAACAGUUCAACGGUGGCAUGAUGCCUAAUGUGCGGGCAGGAAUCCCCAACGUGCCACCUCAGAACAUGAUGAUCCAGAAUGCGUUCAAUCCGAACAUGAACAAUGCCCAGUUUCGACAGAAUGGCGGGAUGCCCCAAAAGCCUAUGCAGGCUGGUAUGGCCAAUGGAAUGAUGAACAUGGGCAAUGCCGGAUCUCCGAUGAUGCAGGGCAUCAACCCCCAGUUUAGCGACAAUAUGCAAAUGGAAAUGUACAACCAAAGGAUGGCCGGUCAGCAAAUGCAAGGGACUCCAGGAGGUGGCCAGAGUGGGAACCAUGCUUUGCAAGACUAUCAAAUGCAGUUGAUGUUGCUUGAGCAACAAAACAAGAAGAGGCUCAUGAUGGCGCGACAAGAACAGGACAAUGCUGUCAAUAGAGAUGGCGCUCCCAUGGUCGGCAUGCAGGCUGGUGGUAUGUCGCCUAACAGCCGGACCGGGACUUCACCCAACCCUGUGGAUCAGAUGAAGCGAACUCCUCAACUUGGUGGUCUGCCUGGUUCACCUUCGGCAGCAGAAGCGAUGGCAGGAAGAUCACCUGCUCCCAUGAACUUCAUGAAUGGGAUGCCGACAUCAGAUUUCAACCCGGCCAUGUUCAUGAAGGAUAAUCAGGGCAUGGUAGGACCUGGGGGGCCAAACAUGCGGCCACCGACCUCCAUGGAGAUGCAACAAUCGAUGGCACAACAAUCGAUGGCACGGCAGCAACAACAAAGCCGCAUGGCACAACAGUUUCAAGGAGGUCAGCCUAUGGUCCAGCAACCCUCUCAAGGCCAGCCUCAACCGAUGGGCACCCCAGGUCAAAGAAAUGAAAUGCCCCCUCCUCAAGCCCCUGCUGGCAACAACGCCCAACGCAACCAGCCCGCGUCGCCGCCCAGCGGCAAUGCCCCACCAACUCCGUCGACAACGAACAAACCCAAUCCCAAGGCGAAGAAGGCCAAGGAUGACAACCCCAAGAAGCGGCCCGCAAAGAAGAACUCCACUGCCAACGCUCCCAGCUCCGAGAACGAGCCUCCCGCCACUCCAACGCCGUCGACUCCUAUCACCCCGGUCCAUCCAGCAGGAUUCAAUUCUGCCGGCAAAGCUGCGGGCCCUGGCAUGCAAAACAACAACCAAGCCGCUCCGCCAAACCAGGCCUUACCUCCCGCCCAGCCUCAGAUGCACCAGCCAGACAUCUCUCAGCCGAAUGCGUUCUCCGAGUUUAAUGGACCUGAUCAGAACUUCAAUCUUGAUUUCAGCACUCUGGAAAACAGCGACGUGCUAGAGAACUUCGACUUCGACAGCUUCCUUAACACGACAAACGACGACACGUUCAACUUUGACGGUGCCAUUGGAGUGGGCGGCGACUUCAGCCUGGACGCAACUGGCGAAUAA